UUGAAGUUGUUAUUUAUAAUUCAGAUUCAUAUACAUGUUAUAUUUUAACUCUCGACAAUAUUUAUUAUUAGGAAUGGAACUAUGUUCGGAAUUAGCCAGACUUUAACUCGACCCAAUUUUUAAUUAUUUUUCCAUUUCUCCCAUCCUUUCUAAUCCAGCUCAACCCGGACCACUAACUAGAUAGUGGCCAAUUUGUAUGCUUGUAGUACUAGUACUCUAGGCAGGUUCAAUGCACCCAAAUGCAUUAUUGGACAAGAUUUUGAAUGGCAAGUAUCAAAAUAAUUGACCUGGUCCUCCACGGCAAAGCAACACACAUUCAUAUAAUCCACCACUUUAUAUGCCUGCUUAUUCCAAAUUGAGCUUGGAACCAUCUCAAAUUUCCUGCAAUUCAAUGAACUCAUCAAGAAUUUCCCUUCGUCCUUUCAAACUCUCUGAUGCCGAUAACUUCCUCAAAUGGGCAAGUGAUGAUAAAGUAACACGCUAUCUAAGAUGGAACACCAUAACCUCUAGGGAAGAAGCCUUGGCAUAUAUUGAGAAGUUUGCAAUACCACAUCCAUGGCGUCAGUCCAUAUGUUUGGAUGACCAAUCAAUUGGAUAUGUUUCUGUCAAACCAGAACAGGGUGAUGACACGUGUAGAGCACAUGUUAGCUAUGUUGUGUCUGCAGAGUACUGGGGGCAAGGGAUUGCAACAGUGGCAUUGAGGAUGGCCAUGUGUAGGGUGUUCAAAGAGCUCUCAGGUUUGGUGAGGAUUGAGGCUUUGGUGGAGGUUGAGAAUAAGGGGUCUCAAAGGGUUUUGGAGAAAGUUGGGUUUCUGAAAGAAGGGUUGUUGAGGAAAUAUGGGUAUUGCAAAGGUGAGAUUAGAGAUAUGUUUAUCUAUAGCUUCUUAUCAACUGAUAAGAUUAUGUGAUUCAUCUGUUCAAAAGUUUUUUUGACCAUGAAGUUUUUUUUUUUAGAACAACCAUGAAGGUUAAUAUGCUCGACAAGAAAUAGUAAAUGAAAUGUUAUCGUAAUUUCUGAAAAUAAAAAACAGGUUCCUAUGAUUUGCUCCAAUGAAAGUUAAUGUAACAACGUUAUUAGUUUGAGGAUUUAUGUAGAGUCUCUUAGUUCAAAUUAGGUUUUGGUUAGUUUUCUUUUGCCGGUCUUCGGCCCUCAUUAAUACAAUAAGAAAAUAUUAUUAUAUUAUAGGGUUGGGCACGAGUUGGGUUAGGUCAGUUUUGGUCCCAACUCAUAAUCCAACCCAUUAUUAGGCUUAAGACCCGCUCAUUAUUAGACCAAGACUCCUCAUUAUUAGGUCAACUUAACCCAUAAUUAUCAUUGGUCUCAACUCGUAAUUACAUGGGUUGGGUCAGUUUAUAAUUUUUGGACUCAAGACUCGCUCAUUAUGCUGCCAAUCCAAUCCUUUUGUGAUUGGAUUGGACGGUUUGAUCAGAUUAACCCAAAAUUAUGAACACUCCUAAGUUUUUGUUCCAAUCGAUAACCCAAUCCAUAUAUAUUGGUUUAUGCUUUUUUGAGCAAUUAAGUGGGUUGAUCCGAAAUUGUGACCUCCCCAAAUAUUGUAAAAGAGAGGUAAUGGAUUGGGUUUCAACUUAUCGACUAGUUCAUAUUCAGCAAAGUGAGGCCUAUUGGUUCUAGGCUCAGCCCACAUAUUAAAUCCCCACAAGAGGCUUAUACCAAUUUGAUCACUCCCAAACUAUAGAAGAAUUCUUACUCAACAUAGACGAGCUCCUUGGGCUAGGUUUAAGC